CUUAAUGAUAGUUGUAGUCUAAUUGAUUAUUCUAUUGAAAAAGAAUCAACCUUACACUUGUCGCUUAGUUUACUUGGAGGUGCUAAAAAACGUAAAAAGAAAACUUAUACCACACCAAAGAAAAUUAAACAUAAAAGAAAGAAAGUUAAAUUAGCUGUAUUGAAGUAUUAUAAAGUCGAUGACAAUAAUAAGAUCACAAGACUCCGUAGAGAGUGUCCAAAUGUUUCAUGUGGUGCUGGUAUCUUUAUGGCAUGGCAUUAUGAUCGUCAAUAUUGUGGAAAG